CAAAGUACUUGAGGUCAAGUUUUCGCGCGAAGUUUCAUAUGUUUUGUUUUCGAAAAACAUCGACUGCGUUUCCCGGGUCAAGUCACGGUUUGAAAGAUUUUAUAACGUUUGUCGGAGAAACGAUGUCGGUUCGUAAGAAACUGAAAGGGGAAGACAUUGUAGGCAAGCUGGAUAAUCUCCACUAUGACAUCAUUGCAAACAGAUGGGUCCACCUGGAUGCCCAAGAUGUCAGCCAAUCACUGGACUUGCAUCAGUCAUGUGACUUUGAGCAACCAAACAGCUCAGGAAACAGACUGUUCCUGGCACAGGAAAGAGAUGUUUGUCUUGUGAAGUUAUCCAUCACUACAAUUUUGUUUGACAAACUUGGCAGUGGUGGCAAAGAUGGAAAGCAUGACAUCAAGAAGUUACAAGAAAUCUGUAGAAGAUUGUUACUUCAAAAUCACAAGCUCUUUGAAUGUCUGGACAUACUGCUGGGGUCAGGUGACCAACUGGUAGCAUACACAGCAUGCAAAACAGCAGCUUCUGUUGUAAUCAACUUCCCCACACAGAUGCAGCCUUUCCCCAAGACGUGGCUAUCAGGUCUGUUACAGAAGUUUAAACAGUCACCACAUUCCAGCAGGGCUGUUUGUACCUUUGACCUCUUUAAACUUGUCAUCAGGGCUCACGGCAACUCUUUUCCCAGCAUGCCUGAGGAAUCAGAUAGUCCUGCUGUGCCAAAAGGAGCUGGCAUUACUUGCUUGGAAAUCUUGGAUGACAACUGGGAUCAGUUAACUCAACUCUACUUGAAGGAUUGCCAGUCAUUCUCAGAACAACUGUCAAGUUGUCAGCCAUCUACCUCCACUCAAGAAGAAGUUGCAUUUCUCUCACUGCUGUCUUUAUGGAUUGAGUGCUUGAACAGUGAAGUAGGAACUCUAAGCCAGCUGCACAACAGCAAUGUCUUGCUAGAGUUAGUUCCAGCUUUGAAAUCCACCAAAUCUUCUUUGGUUUAUGUGAAUAUUUUGGAGGUCUUUUCGCAGUCUUUGCUGUAUGAACAGGAAGAAAUUGAUGCCAGUUCUGAGACUGUAAUUUCAGUCUCUCAUGCUUUACUGAAAGCCUUUGAUGAUGAGAUGAUAAAGAGAGUACCAUGGCAGGACAAACAUGUUGGAUUUGGUGGAACAGACUUUGUUGAGGGGCAGCUUAUCGCAGGACAGAAGCCAGGAGACUGGGUGUUGGUGCGAACACUUGUGCUGGUACUGCUGAAGGCUUGCUCCAUAACUACUAUCAGUGGAUUGUCUGGGCAAGAAGAGACCCUGUCUAUUGUCACCAUCCUGCAGAGAUUGUCGUCCUUCGUGUGUAAGAAGUUAGCUAUCACAAGUGACAGACAUGGUGCUACUGUACCACAGUCUGGGCCCUGGUUGUUUGAGCUGUUCUCUGACCAGGAUGACUGCAUGAUAGAAGCCAUGCUGUCUCUACUGAACAUAAACACAGCAGUUAGCAGGUAUGCUACAGACAGUCUACACGCCGAUGUCAUCACAUCGUUGAACCCUCACUGUGUCUUCCUGCAGUUCUUGGAGACCACCACCUGGGACCACUCCAUCCUCCUGGACCUCCUCAUCUCCAUGGAGACCAGCUUCCUCGCAUACAUUACCAAAUACCUCCAUCUUGUCAUCACAGAAUGGCAAGUGUUCCACCAGACAAACCAGCUCCACUAUCAAACAAUGGUGGAUACCUGUGUGUCAUCUGAUAGUGGGGAGGGUGUGAUUACUUCUAACAAACCAGGUUCAGUUCAAAAUGGAGAGAAGAAAUGGGAAAGCCCUCCCCACCCACAACCAGAUCAUGGGCAGCUACUACAGAUAACAGACACACAGCAGUCUGAUAAAACCUGCAGUACAGAAAAACAGACAGAUGAUAUUGAAGUUGAAGGAGUCUGUGCACUUGAGGUUGGGACAAUGUCUGAAUUUGACAGUUUUGACAUGGAUACUACUGGGCAACAGCUUCACACACUUGACACAGAUGCUCUCCAGUCUAAAAAUCCUCAGGGUCAAGAUAUUAAACAUGACGACCUGUCAGUUGAGGGGGAGAAAGAUGAGUCUUUCAGUCAGUCAUCUGAUAAUGACAGCUCGAGUGACGAUGGCGAGGAAGAGUCCACCUUGGAUAAAACCAUGGGGGUGUUGAUCAGGUUGAGACUAGCCGUAGAGAGACUGAGUGAGAAGAAUUUGUUCCCAUAUAAUGUUAGCCCCCUUCUCAGACUGCUGACCAUGGUUGAAGCUAAAUAUGAAGAAGACUGAAAAGAAACUGUAUGUAUCUGAAAUGACUUUAUUAUGUGACAAAUAAGAGGGUACAUUUUUUGUAUCACAGCUGUUAGAAAACAAAAUACAUGUACAAUGGCAUAGUAGUGUGUCUGUCUCUACAAGCAUUGUGUUUCAAUGUUUACAUUCUUUCCUGUAGUAUACAGCAUUUAGGCCAAUAAGUACUAGUAGACCAGUGGGCAUAUGGUGACAGAACUGGAUGUAAUUCUCAUUGCCUGUUUUAUUA